CAAUGUAUAGCUUGGAUGGUAUUGUUGACUCAGUUUCUGCAGUGCAUCCUUUGGCUCCAUUGCUGGCUCUAUUGAAGCCUAAUGGAAAACUUGUGAUGGUUGGUUUACCCGAAAAUCCUCUGGAGUUGCCAAUGUUUUCUCUUUGUACGGGAAGAAAGAUGAUAGCUGGUAGUAGUAUUGGAGGGAUGAAGGAGACACAAGAAAUUAUUGAUUUUGCUACUAAACAUAACGUGAAACCUGAAAUUGAAGUUAUUGCAAUGGAUUAUGUAAACACAGUAAUGGAGUGCCUCGCAAAAGCAGAUGUCAAGUAUCGAUUUGUUAUUGAUAUCUGA